GGGUCGUUCGCUGUUUGUCUCAUUUCCCUCUCCAGCAUCGCGCACUCUUGGCACGCACCGUCCCUCCACUAUAAAAUACACACACCCCCGCGCUCACUUCUGCCCCUCACCGCACCACCUACACUCUUUUGACUCAAGUUCACUCCAACCUACCACAACCUACCGCAACCUCAAACUCAACACCUCAAAACUUCACCAUGCGUCUCCUCAACACCAUCGUCUGCAUCAGCAGCGUCCUCAUGGCCACCGCGUCCGCCGGCACGCCCGCCUCCUUCGAGGUCCCCGGCCCCGCCACCACGCCCUCAGUCGAGCCCACCACCACCAUCUACGAGACGUCAACGCAGUUCCUCACCUCAGCCGUGAUCGUCACUGGCGUGCCCGCUAACAGCAGCGCCGCCACGUCAAGCUCCUGCUCCGAGACGCUCCCCAUCGAGACCGUCUACCCGCAGAACAGCACUGCCGUCGUGCUGCCCACCUCGUACCCCAACACCACAUCCACCGUCAUCGUCAACGUCACUGCCUCGGUCUCCACCGUCGGCACCACGUCCAAGGUCGGAACGGUGUCUGCAUCUGCGUCUGCGAGCGUCAGCGAGGUGCCUGACAACGGCGCGGGCAAGGCUGCUGGGAACGCCAUGCUCGGUCUGGGCGCUGUUGCUGGCUUCAUGGCGCUGUUGUGAGUGGACGGGAGUCUGCGAACAUGUCUGCGAGUCGACUGUGGACAAGGAAUAUCGCGCACAGCAUGGUUAUCUGCUUUCUCUCUCGAAAGCGAGGGCGGUGUCAAGCUGCGCUUCGGCCAUCUUCGAGUAACGCUAUGUUGGGUGCCGAUCUGGAGGAUGAUGUAGAACCUUAGGGUGCAUCAGCCAGUCACUACAAAUGUCAACCGAAUAGCAAGUACCAAUUGUUCCCCCGUGAUGUCC